UUGCUGACAGGCAAACCUGUUCGGCCCAGGUAAAAGUUAACAAAAAUGUAUUAAUAUGUAUUUAAAAUAUUAUAUAAAUGAUCAAAUCCAGCGAUGUAUUUCUGAAAUUGAGUGUUUAGGUGUUGCCAGACUCUGAUUGUUCAUGAGAUGUCUUUACUGAAGUUGCCAUUUAAACAAGUUUGAAGGAAAUCCUGACCUUUUAUUAUCACAACUAACUAACAAGUCUUCUCCCUCCUCCUAAAGUCGUUGGUCUCUCCUGUUGACGUGUUUCUGCAGAGCAGAUGGUUUACACAUAAAUCCUAUUAGCAACUUCCUGCUGAUGGAGACACAGCGAGAACAGGCACCCCCACUCUUCUAUCACCUCUGCUGAGGAUUUUGAUGCUUUUACAUUCAUUUCAAACCUUUGAAAAGAAGCAGCAGUGCGACUUAACCUGGAGGACAGGAUAUGUCUGCAGAGAAGCCAAAAAAGAAGAAACAACAGGCCAACAGUACAUCUGAAACUAAGCCUAACGGAACCGAGGCCAAACCCAAAAAGACAAAGACCAAGAAGAACGAAGAUGCAGCAGAAGAGAACAGCUCCACCAUCCAAAAUGGCAAAAAGGUAAAGAAAAAGAUACCAGAAAAAGACAAAGAGGAACCAGAAAAAGAAAAGGAGAAAGAGCCAAAAAAGAAAGCCAAAAGUGCUCCGAAGAAGAAGAAAGACACGGAUGCUGACAAUGAUGACGACGAUGAGGAGGAUUCUCCCAAAGAAAAGUCAAAGAAGAAAACAACAAAAGACAGCUCUCCAUCAGCGAGCUCUGCAAAAGAGAAAAAAUCCAAAUCUAAAGAAGACAAAAAUUCCGAUGGAAAAGAGAAAAAAUCCAAGUCAAAAGAAAAGGAGAAGAAGAAAGAACCAGCUUCAAUGUUCAUGAUAAGUGGAGACAAAGAACCUAAAAGCAAAAAGAAAGCUGCCAAAUCAGAGAGCGACGACAGCGAGGAAGAGAAAAAGUCAACUAAAUCAAAAAAGAAGUCCACUGCUGGCUCUGCGUCCAUGUUUCAGGCAUCAACAGAUAAAGACAAAGACAAGAAGACAAAGAAAAAAGGAAAGGCAGAGGACGAUGAUGAAUCAGAAUCAGAAAAAGAGGAAAAGUCUAAGAAGAAGAAAGGGAAAGGAAAGAAGAAAAAGGAGAGAUCUCCCUCACCUGAGAUUGAAUUCGACAAUCUGGAGAAGUUUGUUCUGCAGCCGGCUUCGCAGGGCGUGACUGUCAAAUGCAGAGUGACUCGGGACCAGAGAGGGGUGGACAAGAGCCUUUACCCCCUGUACUACCUCCAUCUUGACAACGAAAAAAAGACGUUCCUGCUGGCCGGCAGAAAGAGAAAGAAAAGCACAACAUCCAAUUACCUGAUCUCAGUUGAUGCCACUGACCUAUCACGAGGUGGUGAGAACUUCGUAGGAAAGUUGAGGUCAAAUUUAAUGGGAACAAAGUUCACCGUGUUUGAUAAUGCUCUGAAUCCAGAAAGAGCUCUUCCAGACAUGUCUAACGCACGGCAGGAGUUAGCAGGCAUCAUUUAUGAGACAAAUGUUUUAGGAAUGAAAGGACCCAGAAGGAUGACAGUCAUCAUUCCAGGAAUGGACAAGGACAACGAAAGAGUCCCACUCAGGCCUAGAAAUGAAUGUGACGGCUUGUUGGUGAGGUACCAGAAUAGAAGGACGGAAAAUCUGAUAGAGCUCCACAACAAGACGCCUGUGUGGAACGAAGAGACAGCCUCUCAUGUGCUGAACUUCAACGGCAGAGUGACCCAGGCCUCCGUCAAGAACUUCCAAAUAGUGCACAACAAGGACUUGGACUACAUUGUGAUGCAGUUUGGGAGAAUAGCGGAUGACAUUUUCACCCUGGACUAUAACUACCCCCUGUGUGCCGUGCAGGCUUUUGCCAUUGCCCUCUCCAGCUUUGAUGGCAAAAUUGCUUGUGAAUAAAGCAAGCACCAUGAGCUGUCUCACCCUGAAACCAGCAGAAGCACAUCGGAGCAGUACGUGACCCUGGGCUGCUCUCUGAGAUUUGUGACGACAACAAGCUUGUUCCUCGUGUGCUGCUUGCUGCUCUCCCUCCCGCCUUUUAUUGACUUCCUCCUCCAGGUGUAACAAACACAUUUACAGCACUCUAUCUGAUCGAGCGUGAUGCAGCCAGGAGAGUUUAGUUUUGUGGAGACUUUGGGAUGAAGCAGAAGACUUCAUGUUGUACGAUUUCACACUAAUUAAAGGUGUUUUUGUGUCAUCGUGUUCCUGUCAAGUACAUCUUCGGUGUAUUGUGUGAUGUUUUCUUUAUAGUCAAACUUUUUAACGUGAAUAUGUAGAAAUGUGCUGCUGUUUUAGGUGUUACAGAAGAAGUGUUACCUUUUAUUGUUUUUAAUUCUGUUCCAUUUUAGAGAUCCCUUAUCUAAUUUGAAUUUGUAUAAGUUUUUUUUAUAUAUUCUGGUAAAAAUUUUU